CAGCAGGCGCCGCCACAGACUCGAGCGAGCGAGGCGCAGCGCAGGAGGCGGCGGCACCGCUGGCUCCAUGGCGGCCGCGCAAGUGCACAUGUGCCAGACCAUCUUUCCCGCGCACACGAACUACCGCGGGGAGUUGGGCGCGGGGCAGCUGCUCAAAUGGAUCGACACCACGGCCUGCCUGGCGGCUGAGAAACACGCUGGCAUGCCCUGUGUGACAGCAUCGGUGGAUGACAUUCAGUUUGAAGAGACUGCCAGAGUCGGACAGAUUAUCAGCAUUAAUGCUAAGGUAAACCGGGCAUUCACUACGAGUAUGGAGGUCGGUGUCAAAGUUACAUUGCAAGAUCAUCUUACCACCUUCCAAAAACUGAUUUGUGUGGCUUUCUCUACAUACGUGGCAAAACCAGUACAUAAUGGCAAGGUUGAUUUAAAACCAGUGGAGUUCGUCACUGCGCAGGAUUUUCUCGAGCACACCCUGGCUGCUGAGAGAAGAAAAAUCCGACUGGAUCAUGAACGCGUCUGUAAGAACCUGGUGGAAGAAUGUGGCAUGAAUAGUGAACAAUUUUGCAAUCAAGAAGAAGGUGCAAUUUCCACAGAUCUCACCCAUGUGCAGAGCACUGAACUUGUCUUGCCUCCUCAUGCCAAUCAUCAAGGAAAUACAUUUGGUGGCCAAAUUAUGGCUUGGAUGGAGACAGUGGCCGUUAUUUCAGCAAGUCGCCUGUGUAGGCUGCAUCCAACUUUGAAAUCUGUAGAUAUGUUUAAAUUCCGGGGACCAUCAACUGUUGGUGACCGCCUGGUUUUCAAUGCUAUAGUUAACAAUACUUUUCAGAAAAGCAUUGAAGUUGGAGUUCGUGUUGAGGCCUUCAAUUGUGAAGAAUGGGCCAAAGGCCAAGCUCGGCAUAUCAACAGUGCCUUUUUAAUUUUUAAUGCUGUAAAUGAACAUGGAGAACUUAUUACCGUCCCCAGAGUCAAAUCUAUUACAAAGGAUGGUUUAAGGCGAUACCAUGGAGCUAUCGCACGGAAGAAAAUUAGAUUAGCCAGGAAAUACAUUCUUUUGAAGCAGGAAGACAAUUGCACAGUUGAUUUCUGGGACAGAGGCAAUCAGGCAGACAAAAUCAAAAGCAAUGUUACAGCAUUGACUGUUCUGGCAGCAAAGCCUGGAUGGGAAAUGAUUAGCACUAGCCUGGACUGUCUAUAUUCACUCUGUUCAUCGCUGAAACUUAAUGGGCAUAGCAAUCUUAACCCCAGCCUGCGAAAAGCAAAAUGGAUCGGAGUGGAUCGCCACAUCCCAAACCCUGCCAGCUCACACUGGCCAGCGAAGAAGAUAAAAAUGUUUACUCUUGAAGAGACAGAUGCUUUGUCAGUCAAGGUUGAAAUGCAAGUGCGGAUAUCUUCAGAACUAGCAUUCUCCCUCUUAUCUGACUUCAGACAUCAUGUGCAGUGGGCUAAACACUAUUCAACAUGUAAGGUUAUCCAGAAUGUGACUGGAGAGGACAAAAUAUAUCACAUUACAUCCAUAUCAAUUAAUGGAAAUAAGCCAGAUGAUUUUUUAAUUCUUGUGUCUCAAAGAAAGCCUUGCAAGACUGGAGACCCUUACAUAAUAGCUGUGAGGUCAGUUGCCUUGACAUCUGUUCCACCUUCUGAGAAUUACUGCAGGCGUGAAAUCCAGUGUGCGGGAUUCCUGAUCUACCCUGAUGGAAACUCCUCUUUUGUUUCCUACUGCAUCCAAGGAACACCUGGUGUUAUGCCUUAUGUUGCUGCAACUCUUGAUGGCUCAUCAAAAUCAAUUGAGGAUACAGCUUCUGGGUGCAUUCGGUUCUUGGAGUUACAGAGUAGCACAAUGGACUGCAUUUAG